AUACUUUACUAUACUAUACUGCACAAAAAAACCAGUAGUAAUAUGAAUUUAAAUAUACAAAUGUAGUAAAUGAGGUAGCUUAGUGGUAAAGCACUGGAUUACUGUGAGAGAGACUAUAGGUUCAAAUCUUACUUUAUCAUUUUUAUCAUACAUAAAUUUUUAUUUAAAUAAUUGAGUAAUUGAGUUUUCAUUUGGUGGUGUAUACGUUCAUAAUAACAGUCUGGUUUCAAGUAUGGAUAUCAACGGAUCUAUUUUUCUGACCUCGUCAAGUGAAUUUAUCAAAAGUUACAGUGAAAUGUUUGAAAACUUUAUGAUGGGAGGAAAUUGGAUGUGUUGAAUAUAUAUACGAACCAUUUUCUACCCCGAAGGACUGCCAUCUAGCGAUUUACAAUUUUUGGCAUGGAGGAAAACUACACACCCGCAAGAGGCUCUCCCAUCGGGUGGAAAAAAACAUGGUUACUCAAACGCCCGGUCAUUUGGUUGUUAGACUUGAUGGUGUGUGGUAUAUAAUUUUUAAUACGGAUAACUUAUAUUGGUAAAUAUUUUAUUUUUACUAUACUUAAUAUACCCACCCAAAUUUCCUGUUUUCCUCGCUUUGCUCGGCCUUUGUCCCGCUUAGUUUCUUUAGUAGUAUAACUAGGGGCCCUCACUCCGUUCUGGAAGUUCCCGAUAGGGUACAGCCUGGACGCCAAUUCGCCACACAGAAACCCGGAAACCAUUUGCUCUUCCGGAAAAACUGACGACUGAGGCUAAGGACUUGGACUUUCAUUGGGCCACAAAAUGAAACUGCUAAAUUACGUUAAAACAAUCAAACAACUUCAAGAGCAAGAGGAAUUGGCCAAUGUUGUCAUUGUUGAUCCCGGACCGAUUUUAGAAAUUGAGGCAGUUGUUAACGAAAAUCAAUUAUUAGACAUAGUUGUGCCUGCUGAACCUUCAAACAACAACGGAACCUCCAACAGAGAUGUUAACGUCAUCGAAAUUUUAAACGAAACUGACGAAGGAAAUAUGAUUGUUGGAGCCUAUAUGGAACGCCUUGAGGCUUUCAUUACCGAAGACGAGAGGAUAACAAUUGUCCAGAUCCUUGUGAACAACUUGGUGACAAAGAAUGGCAAACUUGAUUUGUUUCCACCAAGAGAACAAAGAAGAAAUCUUGGAGAAGCCAUUGUAUGGGCUUUUCCUUGCUUAGGGUUCCAUGUAGAUGGCAAAGUUUACUCCAGCCAUUUUUAUAAUCAGUCUACUGGGUCUGGGUUCAUUAAAGCAAGACUAAAAAGAUUGAGGGAGUCAAAUAGAGACGAGCGGCGCCGGAAUAGACCACUUCAAGAUCCCUUAAAUCCAGUAUUCAAAAAAGCUCGCAUCAUUAAACGGCCAAAUAUGAAGAUAAAUGGCUACAUUUUUAACGAGGUUGAAUGCAGGUUUAAGGUUGAAUGGAUGAAAAGUCAUCCUCCUGGAGGAGAAAAUGACUCUGUCAUCGAAGAAUAUAUGAAAGCGACCUUCGGUUAUCGACAGAAACAAAUUAGAACCAGUUUGACUGAGCCAGGUCUCGUCAUGGCGGAAUACCCUGGGUUUAAGGACUUCCAGAAUGGAUCGCUGUUUUUUUCAGAUUUCAAGCUACUCUAUCCAGAAGCUAAGGAUUUUGAUAAAUCUUUCAAAGAGAAAUACUUAAACGAAAUCUUUCUUUUGGCAAAUCGUAAAAGCGUCGAUAUCCCUGAGUCUCCUGAUGGUAAACAAACUUUUAUAUUCAUUUGUCCCCUGCCAUGUACGUGGAGCUUAAACUAACUCCGAGCAUCACCAAACUUCGCAAAAUUAAUUUAAAAUUAGUCUUUGAAAGAUUAAUAGUUUUCGUAAAGGAGAAUGCGGACUUGAUUUCCCUGAGCGAAACUCGAGAGGCACAUUUGAAACAACCGUUUAUCUGCUUCAUGGGCAACAUUGAAAAUCCAAUCAAUUAUUGGCUAGUAAUUGAUCGGAAAAUCGUCCCCUGUGGAAAAGAUUUCGCCGAGGCAUGUAUAAAUUUGUUUUCGUCUUUUUAUAUCCUAAAUUUAAAUUAUCCACAAUAUUUGGCAGGGUUUAAUGGUUUUUUGAAGAAUGUGUUUUUGAAAUCAAAGUUUCCUCUCCCUCUGUUACGGCAUUCCGUGCUUCCCUUGAAUCGUUACGUACUUUAGCCAUUUAGCCUUGAGUUUUGUUUACUGAUGGCUGUUAGCAAAAUCAUUCUCCAAUGUGAUGGCGCCCGCAUUUGCGAAUGAUUUUGUCAACUCUUUCAUCGAGUUUAUAAUCCCUUACCCUUGGAAGUAAUCAUGCAUAUACAUGUUCUGGGUUAAAAGUUAUUAUUAAGAAUGUUGCAUUGUUUUUUAUUUUAGUUGAUCAUUGUUUAGCACGUGCUUUAAUCGCUUUAAUCUGUCUUUCUUAUAUUUUGACGUGUUCUCAAUACAGAUUACUUGAGUA